CAAAUUAAGAAAAAAAAAAGGAAAAUCUAUCUCUCUCUCUCUCUCUCCCGUUCUCUCUCUCUCUCCCCCUCUUCCUCUCUCCGUCUCUCAUUCGGUGGAUCGAUCGAUGUUCAGUUGCAUCCGACCCCAUCCCGUCUUCCUCCCUCGAAUUUCAGAGCGCAGAGGGAGGAAUUUGGGGUAGGAUCGGUUUUUUUUUUCCCUUUUUUGUUUUCUUUAGUUCCGGCUAUUUGGUCCUGUCUUGGUUUCGUCGUCGCUGGUCUGGUGCGGAUGAUGCUUGGUUGGACGACGAGAAGGUUGGCUUCUGAUUAGGGCUUGUCGAGAUUUUUCGGGGAGAUAGGGUCUCCUGCGGAGGUGAGGAGGGCAGUGGUGGGGAGCUCGGAUCAUGGGGAGCGGGGAGGUGGAGGAUCAGAAAGGGGGGACGCCGUUCAACGCCGGAGGAGCGGCGAUCUCGUGUUCGAUUUGCUUGGAGGUCGUGGCGGACAGCGGGGAUCGGUCCACUGCAAGGCUACAAUGCGGGCACCAGUUCCAUUUGGAUUGUAUUGGUUCAGCCUUUAAUGCAAAAGGAGCAAUGCAAUGCCCAAAUUGUAGGAAAGUGGAGAAGGGUCAAUGGCUUUUUGCAAAUGGAUAUCGUGCAUUUGCGGAUUUUGGUAUGGAUGACUGGACACAUGAUGAGGAUCUCUAUGACCUUAGUUACUCUGAAAUUCCAUUUGGUGUUCAUUGGUGUCCAUUUCGUGGAUUUACUCAACUGUCAUCCUCCUUUGAGGAUGCUGAUCCUUCUUCAAGUGCAUAUCAAGAUCUGUUUGGUCGUCAUGCCAUCUUUGCUGAUCAUGCAAGUGCUUCAUCAACCACGCACGCAUGCCCCUAUCUAGCUCUUCAUGCUUUUGUUCAGCCAGUUCAUCAACCUUCUUCAUCCAGUAAUUCUGACACUGUAGCUGAUGUCACUGCUUUCCAUCAUCACUGGGCUGGACUUUCUGGCCCUGCCGAUAUUGCUACUUCUCAUGGCUUUCCUGGUACGGAGCUCCAUCAUAAUUGGGAGCCACAUUCUCCACCAUUCUCUCCAACAAGUGGGCUUAUGCAGGGUUCUGACCAGGCUUCUGCACCUACUGCAGCAACACAACGAUCUAGCAGAAGCAGUUUUGAUUCAGAUGGACUGCCUAGAGUUGGAGCUUUCCUGCCCCCUUUUCUUUUCGGCCACGGAUCUUCCAGAGCAGCCAGCUCUGUCAUUUCUUCAGGGGUGCCACCUUAUGUUGUUAAUUCCCGUGGUCAUGCUCGUGUUCAUGCAUACCAACAAACUUCUCCCGCUAUUCGUGGUGCGUUUCCAAUGCCAAGUAGACGGUCUGCCCCUCGAUCAUUAGCCCCAGUGCCCACAUCCCAUCUAGGUACAGCUGCUGCUGCUGCUGCACCACUUGAUCACGGUGGCUUCUAUUCCACUGUAUCUGCUUCUAGUAGGAAUCGCCAAGAUGGCGAGAGUUCUGGCAGCCGCCAGAACCAUGGUCAUGGAUGGGAAAGAGAACGUUUUGCUCCAUUUCCUUGGGUUCCGGUUGAUGGAGAAUCACACUGGUGGGGACCAUUUCACCAUGGCCAAGCUCCUGCUGGUAGUAGUGCUGGCGGUCCCGAUUCUGUCCAUAGAGGUGUUCAUUGGCUUUAUGCUGGUGUGGACCGAUCUGGACAGACACAAGCUGCUGCAAGUGGUGCUGCUGGUGGCUCAGAUUCUGUCAGCCGAAGCACUUGGUGGCCAUCAUAUUCUACCAUGGAUCGUGCUGGGCAGGGGCAACCUCCUCCUGGUGGUGUAGGUACCUCAGAUCCUGUCAACAGAACCAGUUUGUGGCAGUUAUAUGUCGAUAGAGGAGGACAAGGGCGCAAUGAAAGUCCAUAUCAGCACCAUGUUCGUCUUCCUAGAAUGCCGCCUCCAUUUAUGUGAAGCAUCCUCUAUAAAUUAUAAUUAAAAAGAAAAAAAAAUCUAAUGUUGUAAUUCCAGCAUCGCUUGUAAACUGGUGGCUGGGAACUGCAAACCAUCUUCUCUUGGCACUCUGAAGUUUGACGUUGCCAUGUUCAGGAUAAACAGGUUCUUUGAGAUGUGGCAUAAACAGCUGAAAUUAUGGGUGGUGGGCGCAGGUUUUGCCAUUCUCUGUUUGUUGUUGUUUCUUUUCCUGUUCUUUUUGGCAAUGGGCAUGAGUGGAUAUUUUCUUGGCUCGCCAGCAAGAGCUACUGUCAAAUAAUUCCUUCCUCUGGCUGGAGCGCUAUCCAAACAAAUGCCAUCUUGAUAUUAUCAAUC